ACCGUAGAAAUAAAGCUGCAUUCUCAAAUUUCUCCGGCGCAGUGUGGACGCUUCGUAAGUCACACCUUCACUCUCUCUUGAUAUAUGAAAAGGAACAUAACAACACAGAUAUAAUUUUCCUAGUUUUGCAUAGUUUACAACCUAAAGAAAAUAAUAUUGACCUUAACAUCGUGUUACGAGUGAAAGUAUCAGCUUUACGGCUCGAGGGAUUAUUUCUGGUUUGUUAUCCCAGGAAAAUGACUUCACUACCUUGUACAUGUAUAAACCCGUCAACGGUUAAGAUAUCUUCACUACUUGCUGGUUCAAUGAUGUUUGAGCUUUCUCUUUUUUAACUGGUUAUCUCAGAAAUUCACGAGAGAAAUGCAGCUAUACCUGGGUUGGCUGCCGAUUUUGAAAGAUUUCAACGAAGGACUGAGUAAAGAAAUUGCACACAGAGCCCACCUAGAACAAGAAAUUAUCAAAUUUGAGGAGGAACAUGCUCGUUUACUACAAGACAGUCAUGAACGGAAAAUGGAAUUUGAAAUGUUUGUGGCAAAGCAAGAAGAAGAACUAAAGAGACUCGGCGAACACAUGGUAGCUACGGCCAAGGCUAAACGAGGUCAAAUGGAUAACAUGAUGAAAGCGAACAUGAGGCAGGCUAAAGACUGGCGACCUCUUAUCCAAGAUAGUCAGGCAUUCAACCAAUUACUUGUGUAAACGCAAAAAUGAAAUGAAAGAAUUAUGCAGCAAAUGAUUCAGAACUUGAAACAGCAACUGCAGCAGAAUCAGAGUAGACAGUGGGAGGUUAAAAAGCCAGGAUUCCUUGAUAAAGGGUGUAGCGUCAUGUAAGCCCUAUCAAAUCGUCCAUUAGCUUAAAAAUUUUGAUUCAGUUUGCCUGCAUCUUUCUUACUGGUUCAUCACGUAUCCUGUAACAACUCCAACUCGUGAAUUGCCUAUUCAUUAUUAGGAGUACAGCCGUACUCACCGCAAGCUUUUGAUUCUUUAGUUUUUUUCGUACUGUAGUAUAACUGACUUGAAGAUUAUCGUAAAGAAACUGACUAAACGCUAUGAAGGCAGUUUCUAACACAGUUAAUGGAUUAUUUUUCUACAUCUUGCGUUGCCAGCCUACGCUUCGUGGCCCCAUUAUCCUAACAGGGAAAAUGAGAGAUGGUACCAUCGUGAUAAGUUGUUGGGAUAGACACUUUACCUUCACAGUAUCCCUCACACAGAUGUGUAAAUGUUCACCUAAAGCAACGUGACAAAAAUCCAGUUUGUAAUCGUGGAAUUAAGAUUGAUAUAAAAAGAGAUUCCACGCCUUUUUCUUUGUUUAUAUUGUUUGAUAUAAUGUUAACAUUGGCACGCUGAUCACUGAACUGGUUCGCGGUUUCCACGUAUUUUAAAAGAGGUGCAAAAAUGUCGGAAGUAAGAGUUUCCAUUGCAGUCCGUGCAUAAUGAUUUCUGUAAAGUUCUACUUCUGAAAGAGUCUGUAAGCUUACAAUACCUGGAGAAAUAUUUUAUUGAGCAAAUAUUCGGGGAAGGUAAACCCUAAAUUUUCGGUGUGGGUCUACUUGUAACCAUCACCCUUGUGGCUGCUUCUAAGCCACUUGACCGGAAGAGUUUCAAACCCAAAACGACACAAGUCGGUUUCUUAACACUGAAUUACAAGGAUGCAUGAUUUGCCCGAGAUAACAAUCUGUGUAACAGAAACGAAACGAAAUAAGCUUAUUUUCCCAGCACAUCGCUAAAAAAGACUUUACAACACUUCGCAGAAAGUUCAAAGAACUGGUCCUUACCGUUUAGGUCGUCUGUAACACAUACGCUUCGAUGGGAAACGAUUUUGCUUUCAACAUUCACAUUUUUACGAUAACUACAGAAAUUCUCGCGGACAGACACAUGGAUUUAUAAUAUUUGCGAU